CUCUCUCUCUCUAAAUCCUUUCAUCCCUCUCUCUUUCUCUGUCUCGAUUCAUGCUUCUUCCUCUGUCUCUCUCUUAAUGGAUUCAUUCUUAUCCCCUCCGCUUCUUUCUGUUUCACUCUCUCUCUCUCUACUAUAAAUAGGCCGCCGGCAAUGUUCCUGGAUUCUCUCCUUUUCGCCGGGAAAUCGAAUCAGCUUGCCCAAAUCAAAUGCAGUGGAAGAGGGACAAAGUUUGCCUGAAAUCGAAGAACUGCAAGAGAGAGAAAUACCAUUUUAGAGAGAAAUAGAGAUGCCCAUUUUUAGAGAGAGAAAGAGAGCCACUUGUAAGGGGAGAAGACCCACUUGGGCAUAGAGACGGAGAUAUAGCUAAAGAUACAGAAAGAGCUACUUUUAGCAAAGAGGUAAAACGGCAUUAAGAGAGAGAGAGAGAGAGAACCAGAGGAACGCCUUUACACAGAAGCAGACCUACUUUGAAAGAGAGACCCACUUUGAGAGAGAAGACCCACUUAGAAGGAGAGAGUGCCAUUCGAGAAAGAGAGAGAAAGAACCAAUUAGGGGGAGAGAGACCCACACAUAGAGAGAGAAAGAGCGACCCACUUAGAGAGAUUGAGAGAGAAAGAGAUCCUGGUAGCAAUGGCAGAAGAGCUCCCAUGUGAUGGAGAUGGCAUGUGCAUGGCCUGCAAGAAAACCCCACCUGAAGCAGAUCGUGUCGUCUGCAACACUUGUGGAACGCCAUGGCAUAUCCAUUGUCUAAGCAACCCGCCUGAUCUUCUUGCUCAGCCAUUUGUAUUUGAGUGCCCUGACUGUUCUCUCCCUCCAUUGACCGGAAAUCAGAAAGGAAAGCAGCCAUUAAUGGCCUUAAAGUCUGAUGGUUUGAUCUCAUCGAUUAGGGCAAUACAAGAAGAUCAAUCUCUCUCCGACAGAGAGAAGGCAAGGCUAAGGCAACAACUCAUGUCUUCUCCCUCCAAAAUUGGUAGCUCUAAUGGUGAUAAUGAAGAGGAGAAGAAUGAGGUGUUGGGCCUUCUCGAUGAAACCCUAAAUUGCUGUUUCUGUAUGCAACUAUUGGAUAGGCCAGUCACUACACCCUGUGGCCACAACUUCUGUUUAAAAUGCUUCCAGAAAUGGGUUGGUCAAGGCAAGAGGACGUGUGCCAAAUGCCGAAAUGCCAUUCCCUCAAAAAUGGUAUCUCAGCCAAGAAUCAACUCAGCCAUGGUUGUGGCCAUAAGAAUGGCCAAAUUGGCAAGGACAUCUAAUUCUAGUGGCGCUGCACCCAAAGUUUAUUACUCUGUUCGAAAUGAGAAUCGACCGGACAAACCCUUCACUACUGAGCGAGCAAAGAAAGCUGGAAAGGCCAAUGCAUGUAGUGGAAAGAUAUUUGUUACGAUUGCCCCUGAUCAUUUUGGGCCAAUUCUUGCUGAGAAUGAUCCAGAGAGGGGACAAGGUGUUCUUGUUGGUGAGAGCUGGGAGGAUAGAAUGGAGUGUAGGCAAUGGGGUGCUCAUCUUCCUCAUGUUGCAGGAAUUGCAGGCCAAUCAGAUUAUGGAGCACAGUCAGUUGCACUUUCAGGUGGGUAUGAGGAUGAUGAGGAUCAUGGAGAGUGGUUCCUUUACACUGGAAGCGGGGGAAGAGACCUUAGCGGGAAUAAAAGGACAAACAAAGAGCAUUCUUUUGACCAGAAGUUUGAUAAGUCAAAUGAGGCAUUGAGAUUGAGUUGCAAGAAGGGUUAUCCUGUUCGUGUUGUUAGGUCUCAUAAGGAGAAACGCUCUUGUUAUGCACCAGAAAGUGGUGUGAGGUAUGAUGGCAUUUAUAGGAUUGAGAAAUGCUGGCGCAAAGUUGGAAUUCAGGGCUUUAAAGUUUGUCGGUAUCUGUUUGUUCGCUGUGACAAUGAUCCUGCUCCAUGGACAAGUGAUGAGCAUGGAGAUCGACCGAGGCCUCUGCCCACAAUCAAGGAGUUAAGCAAGGCGACAGAUAUUACUGAGAGGAAAGAGAAAGCUUCGUGGGACUGGGAGGAAGGAAAGGGGUGGCACUGGGCAAGGCUACCACCCCCCAGCCGUAAAAGUGGUGUGGGGUCUAUGGAUGAUGAUGGACGUAGGGUGGUGGGAGCUGCUAAAAGAUCACGAUCCAACUCUGCGAAAGAAAGACUUUUAAAAGAAUUCGGAUGUCAGCUGUGUCGGAAGGUGAUGACCCUUCCACUGACAACUCCUUGCGCCCACAACUUUUGCAAGGAGUGCCUGGAGGGUGCAUUUGCUGGACAAAGCUUUGUCCGAGAGAGGACUACUGUGCGAAGUCUUCGGGCACAGAAGAUUGUUAAGAAAUGCCCGAGCUGCCAAGGAGACAUUACUGAUUUUCUCCAGAAUCCUCAGGUGAACCGAGAGCUCAAAGAUGUUAUAGAGACCCUUCAAAGAAAGUUUGAAGAAGAGGAGGGGUCUAACGCUCCUGAGGACGAUAAUGAGGAAGGCGAAGAUGGAGGAAAGCCUGAAGAUACCCUAAAAGAAGAAAAGGGAGAAGGAAUGAGCAAUUCAGAUAACAUGGAGAGUCCUGACAACACCAAUAAUGCUGAACCCCAUGGUCCUGGAAGCCCCAUUUCGAUCUACAAAAGGAAGAAGGUAGAGGUUGAGAGCCCAUCUAUUUUAGACAGGCAGCCCAAGAAGAAAAAGGAGAAUUCAAAAAUUUCCAAUGAAUAGGAACUAAAGGGCAAGGCUGUCCCUCUGAACCACCGCUCUAUCAAGUUUUAUGGUGACUCUGUUGUUACUGCUCUCUCUUUUAAAUCAGUCUGUCCAGAGCAAAAUGGGAAAUUUUGUCCGACAUUGUUGUUUUUGCUUCUUAUAAACAAUUGAUCCCCAUUGGUCCAACAUUUUGUUGUUUUGUUUCUUAUAAACAAUUAAAAGGAUCUGUAAGGUGAUUGCCGAUAAGCUUUGACCAUAUUUUUGAUAGAAUGCUAAUUAGUCCUUUUUGGCAUGUCU